GCCCCAUCGCCGCCCCGCCGCGCAGCAGGAGGAGCAGGAGGAGGAGCGCGUCGCAGGCUGCUCUCGUCAGUUCCUGAGGCGGGACGGCGGCGGCAGCAGUUUAGCUAACAAUGGCAUCCACACUGAAUGUGAAAGAAGGCACUGGCAACCAAAGCUCUUGGGAUACUUUGCUACCAGAUUUCCCUAAAGGACCACUUUGCAGAUAUCGUCAGAAAGCUUCCUUCAACUGGAAGGAGAUGGCAAUGUUCUUAUAUGGUGAAGACAUCAUCCAUUUUAAGAACAGAAUCUUCUCUGCUCUGGAAAGUGAUCCUCUCUUUGCCCAUCAUCCUGGAGAAGAUUUGUGUCGUGAGAAGUACCAGGAGCUGACAUUCCUGCGCUGUAAAAGGCUUUUUGAGUAUGAGUUUCUUACUCAGCAGGAGAUCAUAGAGAACCCGGUGAAGACCUGUCACCUGUCAACCUGUAUUGGAAUGUAUGAUUGGUCUCUGUCUCUCCAGUAUUUCUUACAUUGUGGUGUGUUCGGAGGUUCAGUUUUGAGUGCUUAUAUGAGGUUUGCAGACAUUCUGAAACAGGUUCAUAACAUGGAGAUAUUUGGAUGCUUUGCCCUGACUGAACUCAGCCAUGGAACUAACACCAAAGGCAUACGGACUACUGCCACGUUUGAUCCUAGCACUCAGGAGUUUAUCAUCAAUACUCCUGACUUUGAAGCUGCAAAAUUUUGGGUUGGUAAUAUGGGGAAACAUGCCACUCAUGCAGUUGUGUACGCCCAACUUUAUACCCCUGAUGGACAAUGUCAAGGAUUGCAUUCCUUUCUUGUACAGAUUCGAGAUACAAAAACUCUCCUGCCAAUGCCAGGUGUGAUGGUAGGUGACAUAGGAAAGAAAAUUGGCCUGAAUGGAUUGGAUAAUGGAUUUGCCAUGUUCCACAAUGUCAGGAUACCUAAAGAAAACAUAGUGAAUACAGCUGGAGAUAUCACAGCUGAGGGGAAGUACUCAAGUUCAAUCAAGGAUGUUAAAGCACGUUUUAGUGCAGCUCUGGGAUCCUUGUCAACUGGCAGAAUUAUGAUCACGACCAUGUCCUCAACCAAUUUAAAGCUUGUCUUAUCAAUAGCCAUUCGCUUCUCUGCAGUUCGCCAUCAGUUUGGACCAACUGAUGAUGAAGAAAUACCUAUUCUUGAAUACCAAACACAGCAAUGGCGUCUUCUUCCUUACCUGGCUGCUACAUAUGCCUUAGAUUAUUUCUCCCUGUCACUGUUUGAGAACUACGUAGAAUUUUAUGCAGGCUUAUUGACAAAGCAAAGGAGUCAGAGACAGGCUGAACUGGGACGUGAGAUUCAUGCUUUAUCUGCUGCCAGCAAACCACUGGCUUCUUGGACUGCUCAGCAGGCAGCCCAGGAGUGCCGAGAAGCUUGUGGAGGACAUGGUUACCUUGCCAUGAAUCGUCUGGGUGAAAUCCGAAAUGACAAUGAUCCAAACUGCACAUAUGAGGGAGAUAACAACGUCCUGCUUCAGCAAACCAGCAACUACUUAAUGAGCUGGAUGAAAUGCAUAAAAGAUAAAGCUCCUUUGGAAUCCCCUUUUGGAACAAUAAACUUUUUGCAAGACUAUCAUCGUAUCUCUGGCUGGAAAUUCACAGCCAUUACUGUUGAAGACUGCAUGGACUCUUCAGUUCCUUUAGCAGCAUAUAAAUGGCUGGUUUGCUACCUGCUCCAAGAAAGUGACCUAAAGCUGAGCAAAGAGAAGCAGUCUGGGCGAAGUGAUUUUGAGGCAAAAAACAACUGUCAGGUGUACCACUGCCGAUCAUUAGCCAUUGCUUUUAUUGAACACACAGUCUUGCAGAGAUAUCAUGACUACACUCAUGAUCCCAGCAUACCAUCUACUCUGCAGCCAGUGCUUAGGAAUCUCAGUGCUCUGUAUGGACUCUGGUCUUUAAGUAAACAUCUGGCUGUGCUCUACCAAGGUGGCUAUGCUUCAGGUGAACACGCUGGUAAAUUCAUUCAGAAUGCUAUUCUGGAGCUCUGCUAUAGGUUAAAGGAUGAUGCAGUUGCUCUUGUUGAUGUCUUUGCUCCUCCUGACUUCAUUCUCAACUCUCCCAUUGGUGCAGCUACUGGAGAGUUAUAUAAAAAUAUAUGGGGAGAGAUGCUUCAAGGCAGCAAAGCUCUGAACAGACCUUCAUGGUGGGCAGAAUUUUGUAUUAGUAAACCUGUUACAGGCAGAUUGAGGUCAAGACUGUAAACCAAACAACUUGGGGGAGGCUGGAUGGCCUGAGACUCAAACAUCAAGAGGAAGGGAGACCAUAUGUCAAACACUGAAAAUGAAAGAGAUUUUUGUGGAGAAGUGCCAAGUUUCAAAAUAGCUUUGAAAUCAAGUCCAACUUGGUGUCAGGGGCUGUUGGCAUAAUAACAACAGGAGCAAGAGCAACACAUCUGCACACUAUUCAUAUCUACUUAAUUUAAUAAAAAAAUUAAGAUCCAUUAUGAUCACUGCUUUGCAAAGUUUCUAUAAAGGAAUAUAUAUAUAUAUGACUUAACUGUCAUAUUACAGGUCAAUAAUUUUAAAAAAAAAAUCCCACCAGGGGUUUUGAAUAAAAUUGAACAAAAGCAAAAUAAAAGAGAAUUUAAAGAAAAGAAAAAAAAAAAAACACGACAAAAAACCAAAACAAAACCAGAAAAAAAAAGACAUCAAGAACACCAACAGUGAUAAACUGUAUUAAGGGAUGGGAAUAAUUUCCAACAGCCCCUUUGAUGUCUGUGAAACUAUUCUGAUUUUCAUCAUAUGCUCCUGUGUUAAACUUCUUGAUUGUUCUUUCAAAUCAGGAGAGGAUUGGGAUUGUAGAUAAUCUGUCUUUAAAUUGUGUAUAACUCUGUAGAUAAAAUUAAUUGAAAAAGACUCAUUCAUACAUCUUUAAAUAAUAAAAUGGGUGGUAAUGCAAACUUGUAAGUCUUCUGUAUGUUCUUGAUUGUUUAUAACUUUUUCAGUGCUCCAAAACCAGAUCAAGCCUGAAAUAUACAUGUAUAUACAGAAGCUGCAUCAUUGUAUAUAGACUGAAUUAUUAUAAAUAUGGUCUUAUAAGAACAUACAACAGUGAUAUACAUUAUUGAACAUAUUAGGAUAUUUCUCGCAGCAAUGUUAAGUCAAAUAUUUUUAUUCAGUGAUAGAGAAGACACUAAUAAAGUUUUGAAAAUGUAGAGUAUUUUAUGUUUUAGAUAUGCUAUGAAAAAUAAUUUUUUUCCUUUCUUGUAUGUAUGAACUGAAGCACUGUUAACAGCUAAUUCCUGUUGCCCUUACUGUUAUGAGCAAUCCUAUCAAGCCAAAGAGAUUAUAAAUUUAAAAUGUUAGUAUUGCUUAUGGCUAAUCAGGCAUGAAUUAUGGUUUGGACUAUUAAAUAAAUGUAAUUUCAAUA